UAAGAUAAUGGGGCUUUUAUACAUAGUGUUAAAUACUUAAUAGAGUCUUACCCAGUUGUAAAAUAUCUUUAUGAUAGUGCAAAUGAAAGGUAAAAACAGGAUUUAAUCUUUUCAACAGUGCCAAGCUUAAUUUACAAUUAUAUUAAUUUUUUCACGAAAAGUCGUUGACUUAGCAGUUUAUUUGCAAUUCAAAGCACACACAGAAUCGGAGAAACACUCGUCCGCUAAACGAACUGACAUUGAAGGAUAUUUUGUGUGAUUCAAGAUUCAAGAUUAACCAAUAAGCUAACAUGUACUUGGAACAAUCAACUUGUACUGAUACAUCAUAUGGACCCUCAAUUUUAAUAGCAAUGAAAUCACAAGAUAAACAUUAAAAUUGUGUCCAUUAUCGUGUUGACAUUGAGGAAUAUUCAAUUACUUUGAGGAAAUCAUACAUUGGACCUUCUCUACAAGAACAGUGUAGCUGUAAGAUAUUUUAAAUAUUCAUACAAGGCUAGCUAUACGGAUAAUUAGCCUAUAUAUCAAUGUUUCACAAACUGUGUAUCAUGUCGUUAUAGAUUUAAGUACACUCUCGGAGUAAUCGCUUUUAGUUGAAGCAACGAUCAAGUCCGUAUACAAUGGAUUUAUGUAUUUAUCCAUAUAAGAUAUACUUAUGAGCGAGUUCAUAAAUGGAUCAGCUGAAAUAGAAAUUUAAUGGAUUAGAUAUAAUGAUUAUAAAGAUUAUUAAACCAAGGAUUACGUGCUUUACGAUGUGUGUUAAUACUAAAACCAUUUAUUUGUGUCCCUUGACCUCCUAAAACCCUAUCUCAAUGUAUAGUUUAAGUAAUCUAGUUGUGUUCGUGAAGGUAGAUGUGUUAGUCGUAGAAUUGUUCUAUUGCAAUAAUAAUGAGUGCUGUGGUGUUCGUGGGUGAUGCUUGGAAACCCUCCAUUGUACAGAUUGUCCCGUUUGCUGACAAAAACAUUCAAAAUAGUGCUAAAUAUAAACAAUCAGCUUCCUCUGGGACAGAUACUAACAACAGGUGCUUCCCAGUAUUAGCAGUUACAAGAAGUCAUUCUGGAAUAUCACUCAAUACUGUCGAUACGUAUUCAUCACUUGAUUUUAGUGAUUUUCAGUCAGAAGUUUCGGACGCUGUGUCUUAUUCGGGACGUUUACCAACAACGUGCGUCAGAAAAGAUAAAAAGUUCCGUAAAAUUGCUAGACAUUCAUCGAUGAGGGAAAAUCGCAGCGACAUGAUGGUUAAAUUUUCAGUCCAAGAUUUGAAUGAACAAUGUGGUGCUGUAACGACACGAAGAAAUAGUAUAUCAAGUAUUGAUACCGGAGUGUCCGUGUCAACCGUGUCAGCUUCUAGUUCCGUGUCAAAUGGGCUUCCAAAGCCAACGCUUUCUGAUAAAAAAUUCUUGUACAAACAAAAUGGAUUUAAAAAAACAUUGCCGUAUACCCCUGGAGAAAUAGAGUUACAGAAACAGAAAGAAUUGUAUGCAAAGGAACAGGCUCAAAAACGGAAAAAGUACAAGUUGAAUGUAAAUCAGCUACCGCGAAGUAAUACGCCUAUCACUGACCAUGAUCCUGAUAAACUUAACAUGAAACAAGUAAUACGGUUUUUACAAAAGCAGAAACCCUCUGGAUCACCACGACCUGAUACAUAUAAUGUAAAAUCACCCGAGCGACGGUCAACUGAAAGUCCAGUAAAGACAGCUCCAGCUAAUUUUACCGUCGGUGAUAAAAUCAGAUCGGAUUUAAAAACGAGUGACUCUAUGAGAUCAUCGCGAUCAAGUGAAAUAAGCAUAGCAAGUCGGAGUAAACUAUUGAGUCGUGAUUCGGAUGUGCAGUCUAAGACUUCUGCAAGUCCAAGACAUAAUAAUCGAUAUCAUUAUUCGCAUAAACAUGACUAUAGUUAUAUAGAGAAUUGUUCUACGGACAAACGGGAUCGACACCGGAAGUCAGAGGGAAAUGUCGAUACAAAACAUCGAUCAUCUCAUGACGGUAGGGAAAACGAUCGAAAUAAACAUUCGAAAAAACGUGAAAAAGAGUUUAAAUUACACAGAUUUCUUGCUUUAGCUCCCAAUGGAGAAGGACAGAAAACUAAUCCACUGAUUAUUUCAAACAUUUCUCAUGUGAGGACUAAUAAUUGGACAACAAUGAGAGAAGGAUUGAAAUCCGAAGGUGCUGCACAAAUUCAUUCCAAGUCCGAAGAAAAAACAUGCAUAAGACGAGUUUCCUCCGAAAGGCAUAAUGCCUCUCACUAUAGAGCUAUGAACAAAGAAAAUACAAAUAUUAACUUUAAUCAAUCUGAAAAAAACGAAGUCGAACUUCCGCCAAAUAAAACUACAGCAGAUCAAGAAAAAUAUAACAUAGGCAAAUCCGCUACCAUCAUGCACCAGAGACAAAUUCGUUUUCAAAAGGUUAAUCCGAGAGAUGAUAUGACUAUGUCAGAAUCUGACGAUGGCCGAAUAUCUCAGACAAAUUCAAGUAUGAUACGUCUUCCAAGCGUACAUGAUUAUGUAGAGGAGGAAGACGGAGAAACAACAACAACUCAUGACUCAUCUAAGUCAGACAUUGACAGGAGAAGCCCGACGACGCAAGCGAGUGACGUUGACACAGAACAAAAGCGAGAGACAAAUAUUUCGCGUAUUAGUUUGGAUUCUUCACGAAGCUCUGUGUAUAGUAUUCCUAUGUUAUCACCUUCUCAUAGGAAAGGAUUUAUUUCUAAAGCAAAACAAAGUAUUCACGUGAGUAUUCCUAAAGAGGAAGAGGAAACAAAGGAGGUCAAAUUAUCAUUGCGACAGGAAAAGGACCUAACGGCCCAGCGAAGCUAUAUGCAUGAUAUGGUAUCUAGUAGAUCAGCUGAUCCAUUAGAAGUGAUCUAUAAACAUACCAACGGGCAUACAGUGUCGCCAUCUAGUGAAUCUUUUUAUGAUAGAAAUGUCUUCCGAAUAUCAACGGUAUCUAUGCAAAGUAGAAAAUCUGAGGAUUGUGGGAUAUGUGAUGGAACAAGACUGUCGCCUGAGUCUCAUAUGACAUCUAGGUCCAUUGGUGCUCUAUCUAGAAACUAAUUUGUAAAGUAGUUUUUUUUAUAUAUUUAUUAAAUUGAAACUCUUGGCUAAAAUCUAAA